AUGGAUGGUGAAGGAGACCUUUAUUUCUCUGCUGCCAUGAAAUCAGAUGAGGGGGUUUAUUUCUGCGUGGCCAGCAAUGACUUCAUUCCUCGGCAGGUGACAUCACAGUCUGCAACAUUUACAGUGUCAGUUGGAACUAACAUCGUCAGUCCGCCAAACAGCACUGAUGUGGUUCUGGGUAAUGAGUUGAGUUUGACCUGUGUGGCGGAGGGUGACCCCGCACCAAUUAUCACUUGGUCCAAAGAUGGCCGACAGCUGACAGCAGAUGAACGGACUACCAUUGGGUCCAAUGGGCUACUUCACAUCCGAAACAUAGUCGCUAUUGAUGAGGGAACUUACCGUUGUGAAUCCAGUAACCUAUACAACACAGCCACAGCGUCAGCAUUUGUUAAUGUACUUAUUCCACCUCAGAUCACAGCCAGUCCAGGCGAGGUCACCGUAGGUCAGGGGUCACAGACCACCAUUACCUGCACCGUCAUAGGUGACCCAAUCCCGACGGUCACCUGGUUCAAAGACGACAUCCUCCUGCAGAUUGACCCCUCCGACCCGUCCAACGUCCAGACCAACGCCGGUCUGGUGAUCUCCGAUGCCCAGCCCUACCAUGCAGGGAGUUACCGUUGUCAGGCCGAGAGCAGCGUUGGGACGGCAGAAUCCACUGGAACGCUCGUUGUAUGGACCGUUCCUGAGUUCAUUGUCGAACCAGAAAACCAGACUGCCCUGGAGUACAUGGUCGUCACCUUCCAGUGCAAUGCAACGGGCACGCCAGCUCCGUCUCUGUCCUGGUUGUUCAACGAGGGCGCCUUGCCAUCCUGGGCAAGCGUCGACGAGGAAGGAAGAAGACUCAACGUCCCAAAUGUUCUCUCUGAGAAUACAGGGAAGUACACAUGUGUCGCCACCAAUGCCCAGGGAACAGCGAGGGUAGAGGCAUAUCUGAAUGUUUUGGUUGAGCCCUCCGUGACGCCUCUCCCCAACCUUACCCUGGAAGCUGGUCAGCAACUGAUCGUCACCUGCCAGGCCAGUGGUCAUCCAGACCCGACCUACACCUGGGUGAAUGAUCAAGACCCCCUUCGGUCGAGGGGUAGGGUGUCGCUGACCAACACAGGGGUUCUGACCAUCACAGAGCUCAGUAAAAGUGACCAGGGCUGGUACAGCUGUGUGGCAUCCAAUAGUGUCGGCAAUGGGAGAGAGACAUUCUACCUUACUAUUGUGGAUGUUCCAGGUCAGCCUACACUCUUGGAAGCAUACCCCCUCUCUGCCACCUCGGUGCACCUUGCCUGGAUUGCUGGGGGAGAUGUUGUCGACACAGCCUACUACCAGGUCCAGUACAGACUCAGCACCUCGCAAACUUGGCUGACCUAUGUGGAUAAUUUGGAAGCAAUGCCUGGUAACCAAACCUACAUGCUUCACGGCUUGGAGGAGAACCGGGAGUAUCAACUGAGGGUUGUUGCAAAGAAUGCUGUUGGCCAGACUCCGAGCACGAUGGUGGCAGUGAUGACACCAUCAGUAACAGGUCCAUCUGCGCCCAGGAACUUCCGUGUUACGUCAUAUAACGGAACAUCGAUCAGUCUCAUAUGGGAGGUCCCUGCCGAUCGGAAUGGACCCAUCGAAAUCUACAUGGUGGAGUACCAUAUCACCGGCAUAAUGGAUUUCAUGAUCAAGGAGAUCCCAGGUGGGGGUCAAGCUACCAUUACGGCCAUGGUAAGUGACCUUCGACCCUUGACCAGCUACCAGCUAAGGGUCAGUGGAGCCACACUACACAAGGGGCUAAGACAGCCGGGUAAUUACACUGAUUACCUGGAGCAGACCACCGGCACAGCAGCACCGGAUGGAGCUCCUACAAAUUUGACUUUGGAGGUUCCAUCUUCGACCUCAAUCACAGCAUCAUGGGAGCCAAUUCCCGCUCUAAACCAGAACGGAGCCAUCACGGGCUACAUGGUCCUGUACCGCUUGUCCGAAAGUUUGGAAGACUUUGUUGUGAGUGAGGCCAUUGGUGCUGUGACUUCUUACCUAUUGACUGGUCUGUCACCCUGGACAACGUACGAGGUCAAAGUUCAAGGGGUCAACGAAGACGGCGUAGGUCCUUCCAGCGAUAGUGUAGUGGCUAAGACCUUAGCUGAUGCCCCGACUGAUGUCCCACAGAAUGUAUCAUUAUCAACAGUCAAUAAAACAUCAAUCAGUGUUACAUGGGAGCCUGUCCCAGAAUCCGGUAGAAACGGUCUCAUCGAUGGCUACACUGUAUUCUAUAGUGCAGCUGGUGUUUCUGGAUUCAGUGAAAGUCAUCUAGCUCCAACAGAGACAUCGCUUAUUAUCACGGAUCUGGACGUUGCACAGGAAUACCAAGUGCAGGUCCUGGCCUUCAACUUGGUAGAUGGAGUUAUGAAGAUCGGGCCUAGGUCUUCCAUUCAAUCAGUACCAACGGCUGAUGGACUUCCUGGACCUGUUGUUGGUCUAACAGCAUACCCGCAUGAGACUUCCAUUAGACUAAGAUGGAACCCUCCUGUCGUGACGAACGGCCUGAUCCAGGGCUAUGCCAUCAAGUAUGUGUCUAUGCAACGAAACAACCCGACAACAACAGCAACAACACAGGCCACUCCCACUGAAACAGCAAGCCCCUCCCCCUUCACUACACCAUAUGAAGAGGCAACAGCUGCAGGUGCAGUAAACAGGACCAGACGACAGACCGUUAAUACCUUUACAAACGAGACCCAUGGGAUUAUUGAGACUGCGGAGACCAGUCACACCCUGACAGACCUGCUACCGGAGAGUAGGUACUGGGUUGGUGUCAUCUCAAAGACCAGUGCCGGCUUCUCCCUUGAUGUUGUCAGCAUCUACGUCAUCACUGGUAAACUACCUCCAACUCUUGGAGCUACUACUCCUAGUCCUACCAUAACAACAACCAAUGCAACGAUUGUAACAUCUAGCUUUGAUACCUUCUUCGAUCUCUUCAAUCUACCAAAGACAUCUUUGAUCCUCUUCCUGUCUAUCAUUGGUGUUGGAUUCCUGGCCAUCAUCCUGGCCAUUGCGGUCUUCUCAGCCUGGUGCAGUGGACGUCGAAGUCAUCCUCGCCACAUCAAGAGGAAAGCAACACUUUUGAUACCGAACGAUGGCCGCUCUUCUCCAGGGGGUAGCAUGCCAAGUGAUGAUGCCAUAAUGGUCGACCAUUCACGUUCCGCCAGCAAUUCUGUCUGUCGAUCGCACUCUCCCAGCGCAAGCAGCGGCCUGGCCGCAUCCACGGAGCUCCCCUCGACGGCGGGGACGACGCCCAUGAUAGACUCUCAGCCUCUGAUCCACGACAGCGGGAGCGACAACCCCGACUACAGCGACCACUCCGACCCCAGCCGACCCCGGGCUAGCUCGUCCCCUGCGAGUGCCCAGCAUUCGGUGAGGGCCAUCCCCCCGCCACUGACCCUCCCUGCAACUGCUUCGGUUAACCUAUACCCCACCGCUCCGAACCCACGAAACGGAAGAUUAAAUACCCGUAAUGAUUUAUUAGACACAUCACCAGCGGGAUUAGAGGCACUAUAUUCAAGGGUAAACCGAAGCAAUCUACAAGCACCUUCACGAUUGAAGAAAGACAGUCUGGCUGCCAUCGCAGUCUUGCUCGAUCAAGAAGAAAACGAGUCCGACCUCCGACCCCUGGACAGUCCGCCCUCCGUGGUCAUAUCCAAUCAAAGGACAACGUUAUAGCCCAAUGGGAAAUCAGGAAAUAUAUUUUUAUAAACAUUUGAAAACUUGUGACCAAAGAACCUGAUUGCCAACUCAAAGUGAGUGUUGGUGAUUGAAAUCAUUUUUAUUCUUGUUGUUGUCAAGAUGAUAUAAAGGUAAAGGACGCCAUCUAUUGUUGGUAGGUUAUGUGGAUACAUUGUGAGAAAUUUCGGAGCAAAUGAAAUGUGCACCCAACUGAGACAGAUACAUGUACCAGUCUUUUAUGAGAGACCUUCAUCGUCGUUAUCAUCAUCUUCAUCAUUGUCAUCAUUACCAUCGUCAUCAUCGGGGCCCUCUGGAAGACCACUACUUAUUGGUGAAUGGGAUACCCUGACAGAAUAUCAGAAAUUGAUAAAUAAGUAAAUCUUCAUUAUUGUCGUCAUCAUCAUUAUCAUCAUGGAUCAUAUGACAGCAUCAUAAUUGACUUGGAACUUGAGAGAGAUUGCGAGAUACAGAGCAAUAGGAGUCCGGAUUUCCUUGUAUGUUGGGAGAAACUGUCUGACAGCAUCUUCGAAAGAAUAUCUAAUGCUUGCCUUCCAUAAUGAAAGACCUCACUACUCCCUAGUCCUCAAGGAUGCCCUACUCUCUGAUGCAGGCAUCACCUUAAAUAUGACACUUGGUCAUCCUUAAACAGGUUUCCAAGAGAUCAGCCAUUGACAGAGUGACAUGGAGGUUGCUGACUCAUCGAAGAGCAAGCUGACCCUCUGUCCUUGAAGUGGAAUCCAACCCAAAUGAAAAGUUGUUUUAAGAGGAAAAAAGAAAAAUCAGACGAGGGAUAGGUGAAAGUUUGAAUAAUAUCAGACAAAUAAUAAAAAUAAUAAAUUUAAUUAAGUACGUUAUUUAAUUAAGUUAGUUGCCUUACCAUUUGUCAUAAUUCAUACCCAGUUGCCAAUUUGAAAUUUACAUUGUCUUUAUGGGGAUCUCAAUUUAAAAACGGCCAUAACUUUCUUAUUCCUUGUCCGAUUUCUUCCUAACUUUCACCAUUAUGGUAAUAUUGUUUUUCUCCUCUCUCACUCAACAUCUUAUGACCAUGGUUGAAUUCCUUUUUAACCUGCUUGAGACUGAGCUUGCAUAUGUGUGUGUUGGAUACUUUGGAAAGUGCAUGUUACAGCAUCGUCGGCUACAGGGGAAGAAUUACAUGGGGGCUCGGGGCAAUUUUGCCCCUGAAAUGCACAUAAAAGCACUAAAAAAGGAGCCCUGGAAAAUCCUAGUUCAUGUUAAAGCUUAUCCAAUGUUGCAGAAUCGGGCAGUAAGCUGUGAAAAGUAGCAGCCAAAAACAAAAAAAAUAAAUUUGUUGCCUGGUCAGCUAGCCUCCAAAUGGCUAUUCUAAAGUCCCCAUUUUUAUGUGAUACAGAGAACGGAAAUAUACCGCAGAUGAAGUUGGGGAGAGCUCAGAAUUUUAUGGAAAAUACUAAUGGGGUUGGGGAAGUUCAAAGAAAUUUGAUGUAUUUGUCUAGAAUCUCUACUCUUAACUCCACUUGAUACUUGAUGCAAUUUCCAUUCAACCAAUAGCUACAUGUACACUACAUUUCCAGAUUUUUUCUUUCUUUUUUAGGGGGGGUAAGAUUUCAUUUGUUUAGGGACAGCUAUUAGAUAUCAUUUUUGACUGAGUGCCAGAUAGUAUAUUGCUAAGUUGCACAGUUACUUGCUGCAUAGAAUUAGGUUUUUCAUCCUUUAUUUUUUAAUGUAUUUGUAUUCUUUUCCAUUAUAUUUCUGUUAUACUCGUAUCUGGAUGUUCAGUCUACGUCCUUGGUCAAGAAAUUGGCUAGACCCCAUCACAUGCACAAUGAACAAACCUUUAGAAGUCUGAUAAUGUUUUCUUGUAAUUAUUAUGUUCAUCAUUCUUAUAACACCAACACAUUGUGUGAUUGCUACUCCUUUGUAAGCUUUAUCUAGUUUUACAGGCUCGUAUUCUGAACUCAGGUUUAAAUUAAACCCUGGUUUAAAGUUGUGGUUUAACUAUAGAGAGCCAGUUGGGGCACAAAUCAUUAAUGGUACACAUCCAUUUUAUUAACUCAUUUCACCCUCAAAUUGUCUGGGAAUGAUAACUGAAGUAUUCUGAAGUAUUUUUCUUCAUUAUGAAAACAACAGGAAACAAAAUAGAAGGGAUAGGAGAUACACAAUAUAAACAUAAUUUUUUUAAUUUUGACUCCCCAUAAUUUUAGCACAGAGUUAGACCGUGGUCUAAGUUAAACCUGACUUCAGAAUACGGGCCACAGUGUAUAUUGUAAAAUCAUGGUAUGAAAAGACAAACAUGUACAUGCAGGAUUGCUUGUACUAUGUACAAUGUUUUCUUGAAAUCAUGUUCUCCAUUCUCAUAAUAACGACAUACUGUGCUAUUGUUGCUCCUUUGUAAGUUUUUAUUUAGUCUUGCAGUGUCUAUUGUAAAAUCAUGGUAUGCAAGGAAAUAGUAUGUAGGAUCGUUUGUACUAUGGUAAAGGUUUUGUUGAAUGUGGUGCUGUAUUUAUGGAUAAUUUUUAUAUAGAGCUUGUGUUUUUCAAAGAUAUAUUGCUUUUAACUGCCUCUUCUGUAAAAAUGAAUGUGAUUGGCUGACUGGUGCACGUACACAAUAUGAUAGGCUGAAUUAUUGGUUGGAAGUUAUAUGACACCAUACAAAGGAUAUGAAUUUUUUUUUUCUAGUUUUUAUAGAUGUGUGUAUUCGCAUCUAGCGUUAUGACUACACACGUGGCUGAAAGUAAAGCGGACAUUGUUUUGACAUGAAAAUUAA